AUGUAUCCAGGCAGUAACCUUCAAGCAAGCACGAGUGGUGAACGUCGUUCAUCUUUUCAACAUUAUUCAAUGUCACAAGUGAAUAAUGAAAAGCCUGUUGUACAUCGUGAACAUGAAGAACAAGUACAAACGUGGGGGCAACCGUCAUCACUAUCACCAGCUUCCUAUCCAUCACAAAGCAUUGACAUGGAGAGAAACUAUUCUCAGGGAAAUAAUCUCGCUUCGAGUUCAUCCUCGCUGUUCGAUCGUCAUAACGUCGUUGCACAAGAGAAUACUAGUGGAAUGAAUAACAUUAACUAUCAACAACAAACUUAUUCGAAUCAAUAUCGAAGUGCUGUACCAUCUGGAUUACCACCUAAACCACAAGUACUUCGACAACAUCAACAAUAUCAACAACAACAACAACAACAACAGUAUGCGAAUACAGCUUCAUCAUACUCAAAAGUAACGAAUGUGUCUAACGUUCAACAACAUCAACAAUCUGGAUCUCAACAUGUUCAUGAUGUACCCUUUUUUCAUGGAUUUCGAUUUCAAGCUGCUCCAGGCACAUCACCAUUUGAUAUGAGCGCAUAUGUUACAAGUCCAUCUGGACAUUUGGAAAACUGCGAGAUUGUUGAUCUCGACGAUUGCAACUAUUCAAUUAAAUUUAUCCCGAAAGAAAUGGGUGUUCAUACAGUUAGUGUUAAACAUAAGGAUAUGCACAUCCCUGGCAGUCCUUUUGAAUUUACUGUUGGUCCCAUUCAAGGUGGAGGCGCUCAUAAAGUUCGUGCGAGCGGCAAUGGCCUUGCUCGAGGAGAAGUCAAUUCAACAAAUGAAUUCAAUAUUUAUACGCGUGAAGCAGGCGCUGGUGGUCUUGCCAUUGCUAUCGAAGGUCCAGCUAAAGCUGAAAUUGACUUCUUCGAUCGUAAAGAUGGUUCAUGCGGUGUAUCUUAUGUAUGUCCUGAACCAGGUGAAUAUCAAGUAUCAAUCAAAUUCAACGAUGAACACAUCCCUGAUUCACCAUUCAAUGUUCUCAUUGGUUCACCAUUUGGUGAUGCGAAAAAAUUAACAAUACAUAGUCUACAAACUAAAGGACAUGAAGUUAAUCGACCAUGCAUGUUCACUGUUAAUGUGAAUGGCGCACGUGGAAGACUUGAUGCUCGAGUAACAGCACCUAGUGGAGCAGAAGAUACAUGUAUCGUACAGGAAAUGGGCGAUGAACACUAUGCUAUUCGCUUUGUUCCACGAGAAAAUGGUGUACACUGGGUACAUGUUCGUUUUAAUGGACGUGAUAUUCCUGAUUCACCGUUCCGUGUUGUUGUUGGUCAUGCAAAUGCUGACCCCGGCCGAGUAUUUGCAUCGGGCUCUGGUCUAUAUCAAGGAGAAACUGGUCAUCCAUGUGAAUUUUUAAUUGAUACCAUGAAUGCAGGUGCCGGAGCAUUAGCUGUCACUGUUGAUGGACCAUCUAAAGUUCAACUCGAUUGCAGAGAAGUCGCGGAAGGUUAUCGUGUGAGUUUUACACCAACUGCACCCGGAGAUUAUCUCAUUACGAUCAAAUUUGCUGGAAUUAACAUUGCUGGAAGUCCAUUUAAGUGUCUUGUCGGAGGUGUUGGUUACAAUACCAAUCGUGGCAUCGGCUCAUUGAGUACCUCAUCAUCGUAUGUACAACGUGAACAAUCAUCAUCAUACGUCUCGAAUUCACGUAAUAAUUAUGGAUUUGCUGAUGCAAGUCGUGUACGAGCACAUGGAGAUGGUCUUUUAAGAGCCUAUCGAAAUGAGAAGGCAACAUUUACAGUAGAUACACGCGAUAGCGGCAACGGAAUGUUAAUGGUAGGUGUCUUUGGUCCGAAAUAUCCAUGUGAAGAAGUUUUUGUUAAACAUGUUGGAAAUAAUCAAUAUAACGUUCAAUAUACCGUUCGAGAGAAAGGUGAAUAUAUGUUGGUUGUUAAAUGGGGCGAUCAACAUAUUCCAGGUUCUCCAUGGCAUAUCGAAGUUGUUUAA